CGCGGCGCGGUGAGCGCGGGCGGCAUGGCGGGUGGCGGGCUAGGUGCCUUUGAGCAGACUCAGCUAUGGAAGGUAAACCAUUGGUGACAUCCAAACAGAAGACUGCAGUGGUGUGUGGAGUCCCCACUCAGGUGGUCUGCACAGCCUUCAGCAGUCACAUCCUGGUAGUGGUGACCCAGUUGGGGAAGAUGGGUACUCUGGUCUCCCUGGAACCCAGCAGUGUGACUAGUGACAUCGGCAAGCCUGUGCUGACCACUAAAGUCCUCCUUGGGAAGGAUGAGCCUCUCGUCCAUGUCUUUGCAAGGAACCUGGUGGCAUUUGUGUCUCAAGAAGCUGGAAACAGAGCCGUUCUCCUCGCCCUGGCCGUGAAGGACAGGAACAUGGAGGUGGUGAAGGCCCUGAGGGAGGUGAUCCAGACGUGCCAGGUGUGGUGAGCCUGCAGCGGCCACCCUGCCGUCCCGAGGGACGCAAGGAUCUGAAGGUCCUCCUCGAGUUAGGAGGAGGAGCUCUCUGGCUGUGGCCCUUGAAGCUAGAAGAAGCACAAACUCCUCAGGCUGAUCUUGGUUUGGAGGCUGACGUCCCCUGUGGAGGGAGGACAGGAAACGUGUCCUGAGAAGGUUGUGAGUCCUCCUCCCCAGGUCCAGACAGCUGUACCUGUGUGAGAAUUGACGGAAUGAGUCAAGGCCCUUAAAUGUUGGGGGGAAUUUUUUUUUUUUUUAAUUAAAAAUAAAUGCAUAUCCCCAAAUACCUUA